CAUGCGUGCGCGCGUGUCCUCCCGCACGUGCCGACCUGUCGCCCUGUUCCUCGUACAUAUACACGGUACGGGCACAUUCAUCUCGCCUCCAUUCCCAUCCGGCACAGCCACGAAAACAACAGUCGCCGGCACGCUCGCCGUCCGCCGCACAGAGAGGGAGGGGCAAGAAGCUCGUCGCAAGAGGUAGGGUAGGGAGGGGGCAGCAAUGGCGGAGUACCAGGGGGAGUACGGGCACCCGUACCCGCGCGUCGACCAAUACGGGAACCCCGUGCCGCCGGUGGACCAGUACGGCAACCCCGUCCCGAGGGAGCCGGCCGCCGGCAGUGCUCCCCUGUACGGCGCUGGCGACGCCGCGGGCGCGGGGUACGCGGCGGCGGCGCCGGGCGAGUACGGCGCGGGGGCGUACCCGCACGAGGGCGUCGGUGGUGGUGUCGCGCCCGGCGAACCGGCGCUCGCGUACGAGGGCAUGGUCGGCGGCGGCGGCGCGGGGGCGGCGGGCAUGGGAGGCCAGCUCGAGCCGGCCGUGGUGGUGGAGGAGAUCACGUUCGGCAGCGCCCAGCUGCAGCCGGCGCGCUCCGGCAGCUCCAGCUCCAGCUCCAGCUCGUCCUCGGAGGACGACGGGCAGGGCGGGCGGCGGAAGAAGAAGAGCCUCAAGGAGAAGAUCAAGGAGAAGCUCCCGGGCACCCACAGGCACGAGGAGCGCGGCAAGCAGGCCGGGCAGCACGCGGCGCCGGCGGCCACGGGGACGCAUGCAGCGGGGGCGCACGAGAAGAAGGGCCUCAUGGACAAGAUCAAGGAGAAGCUCCCGGGACACCACCACUGAGCGAUCGUCGGCUGGGUUUGGGAGCGUCAUGUCGCUAGGGGUGUGUGUAUCAUGUCCAAGUUCGGUCGGUCUGCCGUGUGCUCGUGUUUAUGCGUGCAGCGUGUGUUCUGAUCUGUCGCACUAGUUCGUAAUAGUAUAUGUGUACUGCUGCUUGUAAGGAUUUGGGUACGUAAGAAUUUCGUUUAGGUUUGGUUCGAGGUAUUUCGGGGAUGCGUCGUGUCUGUAGUCAUCGAUCGAGAUGUUGGCUUUUCUC